AUGGGUAACCUCGACUUAACGCUGUGUCGUUCCAGCAUAGAAAAUUUCAAAUAUAUUCAUUUACUAGCCCUCGUAUACGAGGACUAUACUUCGACGGGAGAAAGGACCAAACAAUUUGUAUUAAAAAACUGCAAAAAGAUAACCCAACAAAAAGAACACAUUACAAUUAUUAAAGAACCUGGUAAUAUUUACUUUUCCCAUGUAUCUAUAAAGGGUUCUGUUACCGCAGCAAAUAUAAAGGUUAAACUUCUUCAGUUCCUUAACAAGUAUCAUACAGAUAUCAGUGAUUUAACCGUGAUAGGUUGUGAUGAUACAAAUGUAAAUACUGGGUGGACAGGAGGUAGCAUUAGAUUCAUUGAAAAUCACAUUAAAAGGCCCCUUCAAUGGUGCAUUUGUCUGCUCCAUGCCAAUGAGCUACCUUUGAGGCACUUAUUUCAAAGUCUAGAUGGAGAUACCAAAGGAUCUUACAGCUUUUCGAAACCAAUUAGGGAUCUUUUAAAACACUGUCAAGACAUGCCAAUUGUAGAGUUUAAACCAAUAAAGACAUCUCUUCCUCAACUCCAACCAGACGACUUAAGUACAGAUCAGCAGUACCUAUAUAAGAUUUGCAUAGGCAUUCAAAAUGGAACCGUUACUUCCAAUUUGGCAAAGAGAGAUCCAGAAAAGAUGUCACAUGCUUACAACAGCCAACAGAAUGCUACGCCUUUAUAUCGCUACUAA